AUGACCAGUGAACAAUCAAAACGUGUUCUAGUUACCGGUGGUACUGGUCUUGUUGGCUCAGCAAUAAAAUAUGUUGCUGAAAAUGAAUCGGAUCAAAAAAAACAAAAUGAAGAAUAUUUCUUUAUAUCAUCAAGCGAAUGUGAUCUUCGAAAUCGUGAACAAACCGAAGCAUUAUUUAAAAAAUAUCAACCAACUCAUGUUAUCCAUUUAGCUGCACUUGUUGGCGGUCUCUUUCGAAAUUUAAGUCGGAAUCUUGAUUUUUUCCAAGAUAAUAUGCAUAUUAAUGAUAAUGUCUUAUCUGUUGCCUAUGAAACAGGUGUUAAGAAGGUUAUAUCUUGUUUAUCAACUUGUAUUUUUCCUGAUAAAACAACUUAUCCAAUAGAUGAAACAAUGAUUCAUAAUGGUGCACCACAUGAUUCUAAUUUUGGUUAUUCAUAUGCUAAACGAAUGAUUGAUGUUUUAAAUAAAGGUUAUGCAGUUCAACAUAAUGUUCAUUAUACAUCAAUCAUUCCAACAAACGUUUUUGGACCAAAUGAUAAUUUUAAUAUUGAAGAUGGUCAUGUUUUACCAGGUCUUAUUCAUAAAUGUUAUUUAGCAAAAAAAAAUAAUACACCAUUAGUUAUUUGGGGUUCAGGAAAACCAUUAAGACAAUUUAUUUAUUCAUAUGAUCUUGCAAGACUUUGUUUAUGGGUAUUACGAGAAUAUGAUAGUAUUGAACCAAUUAUAUUAUCAGGUUAA